AUGCAGGCGGCCCAGUCGGGAGCUCCGUAUCCCCCCGGAGACGAUUCUACAAUAUUGACCACCGUCUCUGCCGACCUCGACAAGCUCAGAGCGGCAACAACAGUUCGGAAAUCAGUUUCGGUCGACUCUUUCGCCAAUUAUUCCCGGGAUGCCACUACCCGACCCACUCGAGGUCAUACAUCGUCUGCGGCUGAACCACCACGAGGUCUCAUCAUGCCCAGUCGAAAUCCGGUCCAAAUUACCAGCAGAAAUCGGGGAGCCAGCGUCUCUUCUACGCAAUAUGACCCCUCGGUAGAUUCCGAUGUCGAACGUGAUGCUUUCCAUGAGCGAUACACUGCGACGGAGAAUAGCAAGCUUCGAGGCGGAGACCUUCCACUUCCACCAAGAACAACAACUCUCAGUUCGACUUCCAGCAUGUCCAGCAUCAUCAGCGCCUCCACGACUUCAAGCACCGAAGAUGGCAUCCAUAUUCGACAAGUACCACGGCCACCCGCAACAUCCAGAGCCCGUAGUGGAAGUCUCGGCGUAUACCCUUCCGCCAAGUAUAGCCAUAUCAAUACCCGGUUGGCCGAGCUUCGGCCUGCAGCUCAAGACACACUCACUCUUCUCGUUGUUGGCGCAGCGAAGUGCGGCAAAUCCGUUAUCGUGAAGAAGGGCCUCAAGGACUAUGGCCUUUCCGAGCCCGUCAACCACUCUUUCCAAGUGCAAUCCAACUACUUCUCUUCCAACUAUAGUCUUCGUGUCGGUCGCAUCCGAGAUGGGGUUGACGAGUAUCCUUUGCAUGUUAUUGAGGCAGAGGUCUCAAAGGUUGCGUUGGAGGACGCUGUGUGGCCAGAGGGCUCUCCCACUAUCGACGGUGUUAUCAUGUGUUAUGAUGCCUCGGACGCCGACUCAUUUUUGCCAGUCGAAGGACUGCUUCGCCGUUUCCGAUCCAUGAUGAUACCAACACUUGUUCUCGCCUGCAAGUCGGACUUAGACCGGCGGGUGGACCCACAAGGAGCGGCAGCGGAUUUCUUGCAACUGUAUGACAAUGGCCUAGUCGAAGUCUCGAACGUCCAAGAAUCAGGAAAGAAAAAGAUGCGACAGGCUUUCGAGUGGUUGAUCAAAGCCGUGUUCCGUGGACGACACUCGAGUCGCAGUGAAUCUGACCUCGACUACCGCAAUCCUGCUUCACCCGUCUUACUGAUUUCACCACCGCCCUGGGAAAUAUCAAGAACAGUUACUCCGGCGGCCUCUUCGUCGUCGAUGAGUACGCUUUCCCAUCACGGCGCUUCAUCACGGCUGUCAAACCCUCCAUUGCCCACAAUACCCGCUUCACGUUCUCCCACUGUUCCCAACUCCCCCACCCGAGCCCGCUCGACGGGCGACCUUCUCUCUGAGCAUGAGAAGUCCCGAACAAGAGACUGGCAACUUGACAAAGACUCCGGCACCAUCACAAGAACUAGCUCUAAUUCAGUGUCAUCAUUGCAAAAGCCGCCACAAACUGCUAUCGAGCCCGUCUUCGACCCUCCGCCAAUUCCUAAGGAGACAAAGGAGAAGGAAGCGAGUAGUAGACCGUGGGCCACUCUUGACGAGCUUUUGGACAAAUUGUUGUUCUUGGCCGUAAGCGGCGAUGAUCCAACUUACAUAACCCAUUUUCUCCUCACAUACCGGCGGUUUGCAAGCCCAAGAAGUGUUCUGUUAGCUAUGCAACUACGGCUUCGACAAUUAGACCAACCUUCUGGUGACCCCAUGUUUGCUUGUUUUGCCCAGAUGAGAAUAUGCCAUUUAUUGGAAGAAUGGAUAAGAGACUAUCCAUACGACUUCAAGGUCCGCGGUACACCCAGCGCCCUGUCUGCCCUUUUCAAAUCCAUUACCUCCAAAACCUACCUUCUCCAUUAUGGCGCCGAUUUUCUUCCUUUCCAUGAGCUACUUCCGAACUUGGUCGACAAGGAUGCCGCUUGGGCUCUGACACCUGAUUAUCCCGAAGACGAGAGCGACUAUGAUGAUGACGAGAAGAGCGCUGUUCUCACGCUCGGCAGUACCCAUAGCUCUGAUCCAGAACUCCCAGCUGCAGCUCGGUCUCCCUCCAGUAAAGUCAAGACUCCUGCUACCUCCAGAGAACGCAAAGGAAGCAUCCCGUUUUCCGCCAAGCUCAUCAGCGCGCCGCCUGCUCUCAACGGACCAGGUCCAUCGGACAACUCAGAGGCAAACUAUCGGUCGACAUUGAAGGACCUCCUGAAACUCGCAUCAGAUGUUAAUGCCCUCGAGUCCGAGGAUAUUGCCCAAGAAAUUACGCGACUGGAAGCUAAAUUGUUCUUGGAUAUCGAGCCCAGGCAUUGGUUGCGGUACACUUUUGUGUCAGGCAAGAAGGAUCCAGCAACUGAUUCAAUCGCUCGGUUCAACGACUUCUCUAACCAUCUAGCUGUCUGGGUGGUUUCGAUGAUUCUAUGUCAUGACAAGCACAAGAUGCGGGCCAAACAGAUCGAAAAGAUGGUUGAAAUUGCCCAGAAGUUGCGGGGUCUUAACAACUACGCUGCACUGCGAGCGUUUGUCGCCGGGAUCAACCAUUCAACAUUUCCUGGCGAUCCAACCAUGGAACAUUUCAAAGCCAAAUCGCCAGACCAGGCCAAGAACUUGCAAUCAUGGGAUGUGUUACUUCAACAAAUUCGGUCGCAUCGGGCAUAUCGUCUAGCCCUGCGAAAUACGAAAGGCGCAUGCAUCCCAGCUUUGGAGGUUCAUGUGUCAGACCUUAUUCGAGCGCAUGAAGCUAAUGACGACACGAACCCUUCAGACCCCAAUAAGAUCCAUUGGGGCAAAUUCAACAUGAUGGGUCGCUUCAUUAGCAGCACGACCCAAUGUCAAGCUCAAUGUCGAGCCGUUUCCGACUAUUCCUUCAAUCCACGGCCACAUAUCACAGAGAUGCUCCUUGCCCAAUGCCUGAUGUCAGAAGAGAUGCAAAAGUCGCGUAUAGCGCUCCCCGACUCAGACUUUGUCGAUGGACCCAGCCCUUCGCGUGUUCCGCCCACGCAGCCAAGCUCGACUUUGGCUCCGAAAGACAUCAACAAGAUGCGGAAAAUUUUCUCGUGGUGA